AACCGGAAGUGGUGCAACACAAUAUUGUUGACAAAAUCAGCUAGCCUGCGCUAAGUGGCAUGCAGAUUCUCUGACGUUUCAUUAAACCCCAGGUGCAUAAUGAGUUACUCAGAGGAUAGACAUGGAACAAAACGACCCGCGUCUCCAAGUGAAGAUGGGUCCACACAGUGGGCAUCAGCAGAUCUGGGCAGUGAUGAAAGGAAGCAGAAGUUUUUACGACUGAUGGGGGCUGGCAAGAAAGAACACACCGGACGCCUCAUCAUUGGAGAUCAUAAAUCCACAGCCCAUCACCGUAGUGGGCAGGAAGAUAAGAAGAUCAGCGAACAGCUCGAGCAGCAGUACCAGCAGGGCAUGGAUGGGAAGCUGUCGGGCCGGAACCGGAGGCACUGUGGUCUGGGUUUCAGUGAGCCUGAGCCCGAGCCAGCUUCAUUUCCAUCUCCACCUGUGGACAGUCAGACAAAAGCAACUGAAAAGGAGGAGUCCUCUGCUAAAAAAGAACAAGCAGACUCCCAGGACAAAGAUCCAAAGGAGCCCAAAGAACGGACCUCAGACCAGGGGAAGCCCAGUUCAGACAGCAGGAAUGAAGAGCGGAAGCAUGCUUUCAAAAUGACCUUUGUGAAGUCUACGUAGGAGUGAAGGGAGGAUUUAGGUUUUGUAACCUCAAGUUUGAACAUUUUGGCAUGAUUUGUUGGGACUGUAUGCGACCAGCAACAUUCUGGGGUAAAUGUUGUCAAGGAUCAUGUUUAGAUUGGUAUUUGUCUGAGCAUUUUACUGAUCAGUGUAUUUGUCACAGUUAGUGUGAGAUGAGACAGGACUGCUUGCCCUUCAGCAUGGUUGAUGUGAACAUCAUACAUUUUGUGAUUUCUUGUUUAAAAAGUUAAAGUAAGUGUUGGUUGUAAUUUCAGGUUUUGUCUUGUAAAAACCUCAACCUUCAGUUCCUUAAAGACAAAAAUAAAGUUUCUAGAUUGCUUUUAAA